AUGAUGGACGUUGUCCAACAAAUUGCUUUUGCAUUUCAUUUUUCUGCCAAACGAAUAGAUGUAUUUAAGGAGGAGGUGAAGGAAAAUGACGAAGCAAAGGCUUCAAUGGAGAAAAGACAGAAACUGCAGACACUGUGUGAAACACGAUGGGCUUCUGGAGCAAAUGCUUUAUUUACAUUUAAAGCAUCACUCGAAGUCAUAGAUGGUGCUCUUCAUCGAUUAGCUAAUAUGUCUGACACGAAAGCGCGAGUCUAUACAUGUCCAAUUGAAAGGUUUGAUUUCAUUCUCCCUCUUAUUGUUUGCGAACAUGUUUUACAAAUUCUGGCACCUCUUUCGGAAAUGCUCCAAUCUAAAGCCUCCGAUCUUAUCGAGGCAAUGAAGGAAACAAGGGCAGUCUAUGCCGUUAUUCAAAAUGAGCGUAACUAUGGCGCGGUGUGGGACGCAUUGUAUGAAUCGGCUGUCCAGUUAGCUGCCACAAUUGGCGUAGAACCAUUAUCUCCAAGAUGUGCUGGUCAUCAAUUACAUUGCAACAAUACCCCUGUAGACUCAACAGAAGUAUACGGGAAAAGGUCCGUCCUCUGUCCUUUCUAUGAUCAUGUACUUCAGGAACUUGAUGAUCGUUUUCUUCAGUGCAGCGAGAGAUUCAUGGCUCAACACCUUGUACCCUCAAAUCUUGGAAAUCUCACUGAUGAUAUGGUCAUGCAAAUUUAUCAGACUUUCAGUGCUGACAUCCCAGCCCAAGCUGCCGUAUUUCAUACAGAAAUAAAAAGGUGGAUCGCAAGAUGGUUAUUGGAAGAUCCAGGCAAUUUGCCUUCUACACUUCAGAAUACAUUACAUGACAUUAAUCCAAAUCUCUACCCGAACAUUUUCAAUGUACUGUCUGUUUUGAUAUCAAUGCCAGUGUCCAUUGCAUCAGCUGAACGAUCUUUCAGCGUCAUGAGGCGAAUGAAGAGCUACCCGAGAUCAACAGUGACCACCGAACGUCUGUCGGGGCUGGCCAUGUUCCACGCACAUGAAGACAUGGGGGUGGACACGGAAGCAGUGGUACGAGAUUUUGCCCAGGGGAAAAGUAAACGCCUUGUCUUUUUGUUCAACAAUUAG